GCACACAAUUGUAACUAAUUGCAUUUAAUUAAAAAAAAAAGAAACGGAUAAUAAAAAAGUUGGCGCUGAAAAUGGACUCAAAAAAGCCCAAAUCCCACCUCACCGCUUCUCACAUAAAUUUAUACAAUUCCCUCCAAAACCCAAAUAUUAAAAUUUCAUAAAUCGCUCCAAUUUUUUCAAACGUUCAAAACCCCAAAAAAAACUCACUUCUCUCACAAAACUUCCUCAGCACACCAACACGAACACCAACACCUUUUUUCUAUUUAUUUUUCAAAUCUUCUUCCAUUCUUCCCUCCAUCUCCUCUCCAAUUCUCUCUCUCUCUCAUCUUGCCUUCUUCUCCGAAUAUGUCUUCCACUAAAUCAUUCGUUUCUCUCAGCUCCGCCGUUAAUGGCGAUGCUGCUUCUGCUAAUGUUGUUCCUGGUGAGAUUCAUCUUAUUGUGGGUCCCAUGUUUGCUGGUAAAUCUACUGCCCUUCUUCGUCGUGUUAAAACCGAAAGCACUAAUGGCAGAACUGUGGCGAUGAUUAAAUCAAGCAAGGAUACGAGAUAUGCGAAAGAUUCAGUUGUGACACAUGAUGGAGUGAGAUUCCCUUGCUGGGCUUUGCCUGAUCUCUCUUCUUUCCAAGAGAAAUUCGGAUUUGAUGCUUAUGAUAAGUUGGAUGUAAUUGGCAUAGACGAAGCACAAUUCUUCGAUGACCUCUACGACUUUUGCUGUAAGGCAGCUGAGAAAGAUGGGAAAACCAUUGUGAUUGCAGGGCUAGAUGGUGAUUACUUGAGGAGGAGCUUUGGAUCUGUGCUGGAUGUUAUACCGCUUGCUGAUACUGUAACAAAGCUGACAGCACGGUGCGAGAUGUGUGGGAAGCGUGCUUUCUUCACACUGCGGAAGGUAGGGGAGACGCAGACAGAACUAAUAGGCGGAGCUGAGUCAUACAUGCCUGUUUGCCGCCAGCAUUAUGUAAACGGGCAGGCAGUAAUUGGAGCUGUGCUCGAAACUAGCCACAUUAAGAAGGAUAUUACAGUUCCAGAAGUUCUGGAAGAAACAUGUGUCUCCUAAUCUGGUUAAGCAUCUUCAUAAGCGCCCUUUUCUUUAAGGGUGUGAAGGCGUGCAUCUACUAGCUAUCUCGGCUAUUGCUGAUCUAGUGGAGUAUUCUUCAUAGUUCGGUGUAUAUAGUAGAAAAGUUACUUUUGUGUGGUUAAGUAGUUAGUACUUCCAUCUUUCUUAAUCACAUUGCAUUUGCAGCUAAUGUUAUAUUGUUAAAUUAAGCCUUAUACUUCGUAUGUAGCUUUUGUCUCACUUUUUAAAUCACGAAGUCAGUACAUUAAGAUGAUGAUCCAAUUGCAGAAGUGCCCGUUUUACUUCUAAUAGUUAUAAAUAAUACUGAGUACUCUCUAUCUAGUAUCUAUCUAUUGCUUUGUUCUCUC